UUCUUGACAAUGACAAAAUAGUGCAAGGUUCUAAUCAUGGGUAGCUUUCCUUACUCCUAAAGUUGCCAAUUAUUUGGACUUCAUAGUUGUAGUGAUGAGAAAAUAGAGUUUGUUCUAGCUAGAAGUUGGAAAUUGUGUUCUUGAUGCUUCAUCCUCUCCUUUCUUUGCUUUCACAUCUGGAUAGCUCCUGUCAAUCUGCAGUGAUGACUUGUCAUCUUCCACUCUGUCUUCUCUUGUGUUUGUCUUGAUCCAAAUCCAAUCCAUUUCUGAUUUCUCACAGAACCAAGAAACAUAUUGGAUUUUUCAGUUGCUUGUUUUGCAAAUCUGUUUCCCUUUUUUGGGGGGGCUUCUUCAAAGAUUUUAGUUUUUUUAAAGGUAUGCAACAGUGUGCAUAACUGCAUACUGAUUUGCAAGUAUGGCCGGAGUUGGAGAAGAAGGCGAGGUGGCCGCGCUGCGGGAGGCUCUGCGGCAGCAGGCGGCCGCCGUGGAGGAGCUGAGGGCCGAGCUGGAGGAGGAGAGGCAGGCGGCGUCGUCGGGCGCGGACGAGGCGCUGGCCAUGAUCCUGCGGCUGCAGGCGGAGAAAGCGGCGGAGCGGAUGGAGGCGGAGCAGUUCCGGCGGGUGGCGGAGGAGAGGAUCCUGCACGACGGGGACUCGCUCGCGUUCCUCAAGGCCGUCGUCUUCCACCAGGAGAUGGAGAUCGCCUCCCUCAACCGCCGCCUGCUGGCCGUCUGCUGCGACCCGCCGUACGCGCCUCCCGCCGGUGACGGCGCCGCCGCCGCAGCCGCCGACCUCCCCUGGCUGAGGAAGCUCGCCAAGAACGGCGUCGUUCCGUCAAGAAGGAACGCCUCCCUCCCCGCCGCACGGCUGGAGGAGCUCUGCUCGGAGAUCGACUCCGCCGGCAAGAACGGCGGCGGCGACGGGAGGCCGGCGAGGACGGUGUCCGACAUAGGCGAGGUGAUCAGAAGGGAGAAGAACGAGUGGCUGACGUCCAAUGCGACCCACCACCACCACCAGCCGCCACCGCCGGCGCCAAAGCUGCACCGGUCGGCGUCGCACCGGCUCCGGCGAGUGCCAAGAUACUCGGAGAGCGCCACCCUGAGAUCUACCACGAGAGCUUCCCCGGAGAUCAUCUCCGAAGAAGACGACGAUGACAUGGCCUCCCGCCACAGCGCGAAGGCGCGAAAAGAGUGCAACUGCAGCGACCACACCACCAUUGCCGAACUGGGCGAAGGCAUCGAGCAGAUCAAGCUCAAUGUACAAAAUCUUCAGACCGAAUUCAUCAAAACGAAGGAAUCCGCCAUCACCAACGGCGAUUCGCAAGCCCAACUACUGGCCAAAAUCUGCGCAAAACUCGAUAUGAUCCAAGCGCAGCAGCAGGAUGUUCAGGUGGAGAAGAGACCAUCUGCUCCUGUGCCGCCGGUGAGAGCUCUGAGCAGGGAAGGAGGUAGCUCGUCCAAAGGGGGAGGAGGGCACACACAGAGUGAGCUGCUGCUGAUGAACCAUUUCAUUGAGGUGAGUGCAGCCAUCUUCUCUGCUCCGAUAGUUAGGCCUUUGAUCAAGGCUGCUGCAUCCAUGCCAUUCUUUAGAUGCUUCUUGAUACUGGUCUUGGCUGUGGUGCUCAGAAAAGUUUUGAUCAACUAGUGAUGAUGCACUUGUAAGCAAAUGGUAUACAGUGUGUCAAGAGAGUAGUUUCUUUUUCCCCACUUCAAUUUUGAUUCCUUGAACUUUUAUUCACUCAUUUGUAAUAAGAGCAUAUCUGGGUGAAAAAAAAUGCUCAAACAAGAACUCACUGUCUUGUUCAGCAUUUUUUUGUGCCGACUCCUGACGAAAAAUUUCAGAAUGGGAGCUUGUCCAAAUUCAUUUUGGAAGUGAAUGUAACUUGUCACUAAA